UCAUUCACAGCUUUCCGAGUUUCCGUUCAAGGGUUUUAAAGCGUUUUAGACUGGAGUCGCACGGUCAAAUCCCACAGAGACCGUAGAGAGAGAGAGAGGGGGGAGCAUUUCCAGAGAAAUGGCGAAAUCGUCAACCAGUAAGGAUGUUCAAGCACUCUUCCAAUCUCUGCGUUCUGCUUAUGUUGCCACCCCUACUAACCUCAAGAUCAUUGAUCUCUACAUCGUGUUUGCUCUCUUCACCGCUCUCAUUCAGGUCGUAUAUAUGGCCAUUGUUGGAACAUUUCCAUUCAAUUCCUUUCUCUCAGGUGUACUUUCUUGUAUAGGGACAGCAGUCCUAGCUGUUUGUCUUAGAAUCCAAGUAAACAAAGACAACAAGGAGUUCAAGGACCUACCUCCUGAAAGAGCUUAUGCAGAUUUUGUUCUCUGCAAUCUAGUGCUCCAUUUGGUGAUCAUGAACUUCCUUGGAUAAUUAACAUCUGCCUUGUAAAAUUUUCUAAAUGCUGCUUUCGGUGUGUCAUUAGGCAGUUGAGGCAUUAACAUAUACAUGUGGAGACUUUAACAUGAUUACUAUUGGUUACAUUCACCUUAUGGACCAGUAUUUCUGGC